ACUCUAGCUCCAGGCUUUUGUAUCAAGAGCCCGAAAAAGAGGCGCGUAUUUUUUGUUGCUAUUACUGUCACAUGGUUUUCUCCUCUGGACCAGGCUUUUCUCUGACAAGCAAGAAACCCUAGAAAUCGUUAAACGUCGGGCAACUUCCUGCGACCGUACAAUGGCGUCACGAAGAAGGACACUUUUGAAGGUCAUAAUUCUCGGCGAUAGCGGGGUUGGGAAGACCUCUCUGAUGAACCAAUAUGUGAAUCGAAAAUUCAGUAAUCAGUACAAAGCAACGAUUGGAGCCGAUUUCUUGACCAAAGAAGUUCAAUUUGAAGAUCGAUUAUUCACCCUGCAGAUAUGGGAUACGGCCGGCCAAGAACGUUUUCAGAGCCUUGGUGUGGCUUUUUAUCGUGGAGCAGAUUGCUGUGUUCUGGUGUAUGAUGUCAACGUAAUGAAGUCAUUUGACAACCUGAACAACUGGCGAGAAGAAUUUCUAAUCCAGGCAAGCCCCUCGGACCCUGAAAAUUUUCCCUUUGUUGUUCUUGGGAACAAGAUUGAUGUGGAUGGUGGAAAUAGUAGGGUGGUCUCAGAGAAGAAGGCUCGGGCAUGGUGUGCCUCAAAAGGAAACAUUCCUUACUUUGAAACCUCUGCCAAGGAGGGAUUUAAUGUAGAAGCAGCUUUUGAGUGUAUAGCAAAGAAUGCUUUGAAGAAUGAGCCAGAAGAAGAAAUAUACUUGCCGGACACCAUUGAUGUUGCGGGAGGGAGACAACCGAGAUCAUCUGGAUGCGAGUGUUAAAAGACCUGUUUUAGAUUGUCUUCCCAUUCAUUCAUUUGGAGCAAUAACAUCUAUAAUAUGAUAUAUGCGGGUCUAGAUGGUUUACUUGAAGAUGCUGUGCUGUUUAGUGUUCUAUUGGGUCCUACUGCACUCAAUCAUUUCCUACUGUAAUCUAUCACUGUACAUUAUUCCCAGGUAUCAAGGAGUCUUAGUGCUGGGAUCUGUGAUCUUUGGUUUAGUGUGAGUCCAUGGAUUGAUUGUUUCUCGAAGAGUUAUUGGCUCAGAGAGGGGAUAAUGGCCACUUCUCUAGUAAGGAAUGGCUUUCUAAACGUAUGGUUCAUGGCUUUCUUCUUUUCGGGAAAAGUUAUAUGAGUCUCUAGGCUUCUAUAUUGAG